UGCGGCUGCGCUGCCGGUCAUAGGAUAAUCAAUAGCGAUCAAUGAGAUUGAUCUGCUGUGACUGCAUGGAUUGCAGUGCUGAAGUGUUUUUAAUAUUUUCAGAGCGAUUUCACUAACUGAGCAAGCUCAUGGCAACAGCAAAUACAACUCAGGGAGGAUCCCAGGAGGAGUCCAGUUUUCCCUCUGAGGACUACUCAGUGAGGUCUGAAGAGUCGAGGCUGGGGUCUGAGGAGUCCAGAAGGAGGUUAUCAGGCCCCAUGGUCUCCUGGGAGUCAGAGAUGGCUUCCAUCCACCAUAACUUAAAGUUUGUGUUGAAGCUGAAGGAGGAGUUUGUUUGUCCCAUUUGCAGGGGGGUGGUGCUCAAUCCCCAGCAAAACUCCUGUGGGCACAUCUACUGCUUCCACUGUCUCCAAGGACUAUUGGAGAGUUCAUCACCUUCCAGCCCAGUUUGCCCAGUGGACAGAGCUGUGAUCACACCAGCUGAGGUUUUCCAGGAUAACUGCUGCAAACGAGAAAUUUCCAGUUUAGAAGUGUACUGCACCAAUGCCCCAGCAUGCACUGCUGUCCUCACAUUAAACCAUCUGCAGGAGCACUUGAAGUCGUGUCAGUAUGAGCAGCUGCAGUGCACCAAUGCAAGCUGCAUCUCAAUAUUACAGAGAAGGUACUUGCAGGAACACCUGACCAACACCUGUCCUUACCGCAGAGAACCUUGCCCACACUGCAGAAAGCUACUCCAGCUCAGCCUCAUGCAGGAUCAUGUGCAGAGCUUGUGUCCAGAUGUGAAGGUAGACUGUCUUGAAGGCUGUUCCCAGAAGGUGCCCAGACACAAGCUGAUCGAUCACAGAGAGUUGUGUCCUGAAGUUCACACUCACUGCUCCUAUAAGAGAUUUGGCUGCUCUGUACAGGAUAAAAGAGGGAAUGUCAAGCUUCAUGAAGACAUUGCUGUUAGUCAUCACAUGCUGCUGGUCCUGAGGAGCAACAUCCACCUGGAACAACAGGUGGAGGUUCUGCAGGAGGAGGCACUGCUAAGGCAGCAGGAGGCCCAGACAAACAGUUUGCUGGUUGCUGGUCUGCAGAAGCAAAUCAGGCCACUUCUGCAGCAGAGCAGCAAUCAUGAGCACAUGGUCUCCAUGGCUCAGAGGACUCUCAGCAGGGAAGAGGAUACCCUGUCUUCGCUCCAGCUGGACCUCCAGCAGGUGUCUAGGGGGCUUCAUCCUGGUCUGGAGGAGCUGGCACAGCUCAGGAAGUCUCUGGAUGAUGUGAUGCAGGAAGUGUCUGCAGUUGAGGCCCUCAGAGAGCACCUUGGAACUUUGGAGGAGAACUUGAAGCAUCAGUCAGGCCUCCUAGAUCUCCACGCUGCUCAGCUCAGUGUUAAUAAGCAACACCUGCAGGAGCUUGAGGCGACAUCCUAUGAUGGGAAGCUGAUCUGGAAGAUUGAGGACUUCAAGAAGAGGAGAGAGGCCGAGGCCAAAGGUCAUUUACAGUGCCUGACCAGCGUGCCAUUCUACACUGGACGCUGUGGGUACAAGAUGGCCAUUAAAGUCUAUAUGAAUGGGGAUGGGGAGGGAAGGGGUACACACCUGUCACUUUAUGUGGUCCUAAUGCCCGGAGACUUUGAUGCUCUUCUGCCAUGGCCAUUCAAACAGACUGUGUCACUCUCUGUUCUGGACCAAAGUGGUGCCUCUUACCACCGCAGUCUUAGCUUCAGACCUGACCCUACUGCCAAAUGCUUUGAACAACCCAUUCCUGAAUCCCUGAGCAACGUUGCUGUUGGGUUUCCUUGCUUCAUUCCCCACGACAUGCUAGAAAUGCCCCCAAAUGCUGUAUACGUCAAAGACGACACACUGUUUGUGAAGGCCAAGGUGGAUAUGGCCGGUUUAGAGCAGUUGUAAGAUUUCAUUAAUAUCUAGUGAUCAGCUAAAUGCUGGACAAUGUUGUGCUCUGUUUAUUUUACAGCUAUCUGAUUUUUAAAUUUUAUAUAUAAGAAAUUACAUGAGGCCUUUUUAUCAGUGGAUUUGCUGGAGGAUGAGGCGAAAAAACAGUCGAGGUAUUUUGAUCAAACAGAUGUAAAGAGCUGGUUGUCUAAUGCUGGACAUUAAUAUGAACUAUUUAAUGACAAUCCUGCUGCUGAAAAUCAUCAUUUCUGAUACUAUCCAGUCAAAGGACAGUGUUUCUAACAUUCUGAAGCCAGUUCUCAAUUUUCCAAAACAUCAGUCAAAACAAGCCAAACAGGCAACGCUAAUGGAGAGCAUGGCUGCCUUAAAAAAGAAAUACCUUUCAAUUCAAUUCAAUCAAAUUUUAUUUAUAUAGUGCCAAAUUACAACAAACAGUCCUUGGAGGCAAAAGAGGAAAAAGUAAGACUGGAAAAUGAGCACAAUAGUCCUGUUUUUGAUGAUAACCUUCAGCAGUUCAAAUCUCUUCUGGAAGUCUUUGAAAACUGUCUCGAGGAUAAAACCAACAACCUAAGUGACUGAUUGUAGCAGCGUAGAGACCUGGUUAGGAGUAGUCAGCAUCUUCCCUCCUGGACAAGGAUACCAGAGAGCAAAAUCACUUCUCACUGAACACUUUGGCAGUGAAUAUAGAAUUUCUUCUGUUUAUAUGGACAAAAUCUACAACUGGCACUCAAUUAAACCUGAGGGUGUAAAUGCACUGCAAUCAUUUUCUUUCUUCCUUUGGGUUUGUUCGAAUUUAGUACAACACAUUAAGUGCAUGAAGGAGUUGGAUAUGCCAGCAAACCUCAGGACUAUUGUAAUGAAAAUUUCUGUUUUUAAGAUUAGGCUUGAAACUUUCCUUUAUGAUCAAGCUUAUAGUUAGGGCUGAUCAGGUGACCCUGAACCAUCUCUUAGUUAUGCUGAAACAGGCCUAGGCUGCUGCGGGUUCCCAUGAUGCACUGAGUGUUUCCCAUCUUUUUUAUACUCUUUUUUUAUACUCCACUGUGCAUUUAGUCAGUUAUUAUUAAUCUCUGGCUCUCUUCCACAGCAUGUCUUUUGUCCUGUCUCUCUCCUCUCAGCCCCAACCAGUCACAGCAGAUGACUCCCCCUCCCUGAGCCUGGUUCUUCACACUGUCGCCAAGUGCUUGCUCAUAGGGGGUCAUUUUGACUGUUGGGUUCUCUCUCAAUAUAAACCGCCUUGAGGCAGCUGUUUGUUGUGAUUUUGUGUUAUAUAAAUUGAAUUGAAUUGA